UGCCAUUCUAACCCUGCAUCAUACAAGGGUUGGGGCCGUAGGAUGCAAGACCCCCUGCCUUGCCCAAGGAGACCAACGGAAGGUGCUGAAGCCUGGCAGAGAACGAGCGAGGAGCUGCUGAGGAGGACAAAAGUCGAGAGACAAAACUUUGUCCAGCAGUGGAAAGAUCUCUGCAGGUUUUUGGAAAUUCAGAAGGAGCAUGUGUUGUGGUGGCUGGAAGGUUUGGCUGCAGACAUUGUCAAGGGCUUGGAGGAUGGACUUUCUGGAACUUCCGCUCAAACUCAUCUGCCCUGCAGGAAUGACCAGUCCGGAUCCCCGCAGGUUGUCCCGAGCUCUGACAGUCGGGAAGGUUCUGCAUCCCCAGCGGCACAAGGCAGCUUUUUGGAGGUAGAGUUGAGCCUUCGCCAUUUCUCGGCGAGGAGGCCCAUCCUGGAUAAGGCCCUGAGCAGCUUCAAAGAGUUGCUGAAGUCAGAACUGAGGAUCCUCACAGGCUGCAGAACCGCCGCUGCGUCUGACUUGGCCGCAUUUCCUCCUAAACAAGGUAGAGCAGACGUGAACGCAGGAGAGGUGCUUCAGGGCCUGCUGAUGUUUGAGGAUCUGGCAGUGCACUUUACGGAAGAAGAGUGGUCCCUUCUGGAUGGACCCCAGAGGGCCCUCUACAGGGAAGUGAUGCGAGAGAACUACGGGCAUACAACCGCCCUGGUCCUGGAGCUCACCAAGCCAGACGUGAUCUCUCAGCUGGAGGAAAUGGAAGAACUGUGUGCUAAAGAUGUGUACCAUUCCAAGGAAAAAACGGGAACCCUCCUAAGCCCGGAUACGUUUUCUCCCUUGGACCAAGUCAGCGAGUUCUGGAGGCAGGAGGCUGUUUGUGGUUUGGAGGAGACCCCGAGCAGGUGUGCAGGAAGUGAAAGGACCGGAUGCCAUGAUCUUAGUUUUCUUAAUGUAGCACAUACAGUACUGUACAGUAUUAUUCAAUCCAGCAUGGGCCUGCAGAGCGUGCAGAGCGAUAAUGAAGGUGACAAAAACGUGCAGAGCGGUAAUGAAGGUGACCAGAACGUGCAGAGCAAGAAUAGUAAGAGGAAGGUUUCAAAGAAAAUAACCAUUGAAUUGAAAAAGGAAAUUGUAGAAAAGCACGAGCGUGGUAUUCGUGUGACUGAUCUGGCCUUGGAGUACAAGAUGGCGAAGUCGACCAUCUCGACUAUUUUGAAGCGUAAAGAUGCCAUCAAACGAGCUAAUCUGGCAAAAGGAGUGACGCUGUUUAGCAAGCAGAGGACUCAAGUGCUGGAAGAGGUGGAAAAACUUCUGUUAGUGUGGCUGAAUGAGAAACAGCUGGCAGGCGAUAGCGUUACUGAAGCGAUGAUCUGUGAAAAAGCCAGGAAAUUGCACAGUGAUUUACUGCAAAAAACCCCCACUAGAAGUGCAGGGAGUGUUGAAUUUAAAGCCAGUAGAGGGUGGUUUGAUAAUUUCCGCAGGAGAAGCGGCCUCCGCAGCGUGAUAAGACACGGCGAGGCUUCCAGUUCUGACAAGGCCGCUGCAGAAGCCUUCAGGAAAGAAUUUGCGGAGUUCGUGAGGGCGGAAGGAUACGUCGCUCAGCAGGUGUUCACCUGUGACGAAACAGGCCUCUUCUGGAAGAAGAUGCCAAACAGAACCGAUAUCACACAGGAGGAAAAGGCGCUGCCGGGGCACAAGCCCAUGAAGGACCGAUUGACCCUUUUGCUGUGCGCGAACGCAAGCGCCGAUCUGAAGAUUAAGCCACUGCUGGUGUACCAUUCCCAGACCCCUCGUGCCUUCAAGGAGCAGAACGUGAACAAGGCCAGGCUGCCCGUCAUGUGGAGGGCCAACGCAAGGGCUUGGGUCACGAGGCAGUUGUUCAUGGAAUGGCUGCACGAGGUGUUCGCGCCCACCGUGAAGAAAUACCUUUCCGACAACCAACUACCGGAAAGGUGCCUCCUUCUGAUGGACAGUGCCCCGGCCCACCCUCCAGCCUUGGUGGAUGAGAUGGAUGCCGAGUGUGACUUCAUAAAGGUCAGGUUCCUCCCCCCCAGCACAACCCCUCUUCUGCAGCCCAUGGACCAGCGGGUGAUCUGCAGCUUCAAGAAGCUGUACACAAAGGCGCUCUUCACCAGGUGCUUUAAUGCCACUGAAGAGACGUCCUUGACUCUGAAAGAGUUCUGGAAGAAACAUUUCAACGUCCUCCACUGCAUCGACCUCAUUGGCAAAGCCUGGGAAGAGGUCACACACCGGACCUUAAACUCAGCCUGGGGGAAUCUGUGGCCAGAAUGCGUCACUGAAUGGGACUUUGGAGGGUCUGACGCGCAGGUCGUGGAGGAGAUCGUGUCCCUGGGCAGGAGUAUGGGUCUGGAUGUCAGUGGAGCAGAGAUAGAGGGCCUCGUCGAGGACCAAAAGGAGGAGCUUACGACGGAAGAACUCGCUGAACUGCAGAGCGAGCAGCAGAAGGCGCUUGUCGAGAAGCAUUCCACCGAGGAAGAGGAAGGGAUUCAGCAACCAAGCAAGUCGGUUAGACAUAAGAGAAUCCACACCGGGGAGAAAUCCCACACCUGUAUGGACUGUGGGAAAAGCUUCUACAGGAGAACUAACUUAAUUACACAUCAAAGAAUCCACACAGGAGAGAAGCCGUACAAAUGUGCAGAUUGUGGGAAGAGCUUCAGUUUGAGCUCCAGUCUUGACAGACACCAGAGAAUUCACACUGGGGAGAAGCCCUACCAGUGCUCAGUCUGUGAAAGGAGCUUCAACCAGAAGCCCUCCCUUGCUGUGCAUGAGAGAAUACAUAGGCAAGAGAAGCCAUACAAGUGCUUGCUGUGUGAAAAAAGGUACAGCCACGUGACAUGA